AUAACCUAUAAAUUUAAAAAUUGAAUAGUCCAAUGAUUUUCAUUUUGUAAACGGUAGAUAAAACAAAAACCAAAUUAAAGUUCUGUUUCAUAUUUUAUGCUUGUCUAAAAUAAUUCAAUUUCUUUUAAUUUUUGUUCGAUUAUAACUAAUAAUGGCCCUAAACUACAGUUCAAUUCAGGAUGAUGGUGCUUUUUCAUUCCGGAAUCUGGAAAGGUAUGAAUGAUUUAUUAUUCUACUACAUAACAAUUAUUAAAGUGAACUAUUUCGUAUUUACCUAACAAGAUUUUGAAUUUUUGAUGUGUCAUGCCUUAUUAAAACAAUUCAUGUAUACUAUUUUAACUAGGUACUGCUAUUCCGAAUACUUAAUACUAGUUAUUUUAUAAUAUUAUGCUUUAAUCACUAAAAAAAUGUCUACUUAAUAUUUAUAUUAUAUUACAAACAGUGUGCAUAAUUUGAUCAUAUAAUAUAAUUUGUAUCAUUUUAAGAUAAAAUAAAAAUAAAAAUAAAAAGUAUACUCAUUAUUAAAUAAAUUUCAAAUUAAUAACAAUAAAUUCCAGAGUAAACAUUUUCUGAGAACUAUAUGAUAAAUAUUUUAUUUAAAAAAUCAUUUUUUAUCCAAACAAAGUAAUGUAAUUUGGAAAAAAAAUUGCGUGAAUAGUUUUAUAAUUUUCUUUCAACUAUUAAUACCCAAAUGGCAAAUACCUAUAUAAUAAUAAAAAAAUGUGUAAUAAAUGUCUAACUAUAAUUUUAUGUAUAUUAUUUAUUUGUGUAAUUAUUUCAAUAGACAGCCGAGUCGCGCUAACUCGAAAAGUUGAAGGGGGAUAAAAAUUUACUUUGAGAUAUUGAACUAGAAUUUAUUAAAAUUAAAUUAAAACUUUGAGCUAUGUAAUGAAAUAUAAUUUUAAAAUUUUACGAUAAAAAACGUUAUGAUAAAUAUGUAUACAUAAAUAUUAUACAAAAACUAAAAUAGAUACAAUGGUAUUUUAAGUAUGUACAUACGUAUUAUUUAUUAGAUAAAAUAGAAAAAAGUCAGUGUACGGAGAUCAUUUUUCGAUUUUCUUAGGAGUUUACUUAUCAAAUGAAAAAAAAUGAAAAAAAAAAAAUGGUUAAAUAUACUAAAUAUAUUUGUAUAUUAUGUAAUAUACUUUAACUAAGCUAAUUAUCACAGUUUUAUAUUCGAGUUAACAAGCCUUAUAAUACAUUGAGUGUUAUGAGAAUUUCUAAGGGAAUAAAAAGAAAUUGAAUAUCGCGACCCAACUGUAUUUAUACAAAACUACUCAAUAAUUACUUAAAUACUUAUUUAAUUUAAAUUUAAUUUACAUAUAAUUCUUGUUAUCUUAGAAACGCAAAGCUUGAAAAAAUGGGUCUCAAAAUGCCAAGUUUCCGUAAAACUGGAACCACAAUUGUUGGAGUGACUACUCCAGAAUGUGUUAUUUUAGCUGCUGAUACACGUGCUACAUCCGACAAAAUAGUAAUGGAAAAAAAUUGUGAAAAAAUUCAUUACAUUGGCAAAUACAUGCAGUAUGUUUGCUAUAAAAAAUGUAAUUAUAUGAGUUGAAAAUUUUUUUUUUCUAAUUUUAGUUGUUGUGGUGCUGGUACAGCAGCUGAUACUAUGCAAGUUACUCGCAUGGUUUCUUCUAAUGUUGCCUUGCAAGCGUUUAAGUUUCCUGAUGAAAUGGUACCUGUUGUAUUUGCUGCUAGGUCUCUUCGUCAAUAUCUUUUUAAAUAUAUGGUAAUUUAGUUUUUAUUAUGUCAAUAUCAUAAUGGUCUAGUCUAAUUUGUUUUUGCGAUUUAGGGAUAUGUUUCGGCUGCUUUAAUUUUGGGUGGAAUUGACAACAAUGGUUCUCAUCUAUAUUCUAUUUACCCUCAUGGCUCAAUUGAUAAACUGCCUUAUAUAUCUAUGGGAUCAGGAAGUAUGGCAGCUAUUUCAGAAUUAGAAAGCAACUGGAAUGAAAAUUUAACUGUACUACAAUAUCUAAAAUAAUGAAUUUAAAAUCCAUUACAUUUGACCUUUUCUAUAUUUUAGGAAGAAGAAGGCAUAAAACUGGCAUGUGACGCUAUUUUAGCUGGUGUUUUUAAUGAUCUUGGUUCUGGAAGUAACGUUGACAUUUGUGUCAUCAAAAAAGAUGGAACUCGUAUGCUCAGAAACUAUCUAACACCUAAUAAGAAACCGGAUACGUACGUUUUAAAAAUAUUCUUUUCUUUUUUCUUCUACUGUAAAAUAAUAUAAUUUUUUAAUUUUAGUGCUAAAUAUGUAUAUCCAACUGGUUUAACCAAAGUAUUAUGCAAAAGUGAAAUUAAAUUUGAAAUUGCAGAAGAAACUGUCAUGGAAGUGGAUGUUUAAUAUUUUCAAAUAUCCCAUUAUGAAUAUUAUUAACUUUACAUACAUUUUCCAGUUAUUCAACAAAUUAUUUUAUAAUAAAUAAUGGUGGUAAAAUAUUUUUUAUUUGUAUGAAAUACACAAGUAACUAAAAAAUAAACUAAUAUAAUAUUUUGUAAAGUAGAA